AUGUCGCAGAACUUUGGCGACUGGUUCAAUCAGCUGGGGUUCAUCACCCGUGCCUCGCUCGUCGCGUCUGUGGGCCUGUCCGCCGCCUGCUCCCUCAACGUGGUGGGUGUCGGCUCGGUUAUCCUCACCUCCGAGGCCAUCACCUCGCUGCAGGUAUGGCGCUUUGUAACAGCCGCCCUCUACCUCGGCAAUUUCUCUUUUCCAUGGCUCAUGACGGUUGCAAUGUUUGUCACGUACGUCAAGAACAACGAGGAGAGCGACUUCAAAGGCAAGACGGCAGACAUGGCGUACAUGUUUCUGCUGCUGGUGGGUGUCCUCUCCUCUGCCGGCCUCUUUUUUAAUGUCUACGUGACGAGUUUCUCGUUCCUAAUGGCGCUGUGCUGGAUUUUCUGCAAGCGACACCCGGAGCAGGAGCUGACGCUCUUUGGAUUCUCCUUCCGCUCGGCUGUGUUUCCGUGGGUGUUGAUGGCACUGCACCUCGUCAUGGGGCAGGGGCUGCUUGCUGAUGUUUUUGGCAUAGUGGCCGGACACGCCUACAUAUUUUUCAAAGAUGUUUUUCCAGUUUCACACAAUCAGCGGUGGCUGGAGACUCCGAUGUGGCUGCGGCGCCAGUUCCCGCAGCCGACGCACCGCGUCGGCUCCUUUGGCCCUGAGGUGCACCCGUACGACCCUCGCUUUCAGGCGGCAUGGCGUGGCGCAGCUCAGCAGAGGAGCAGUGGCUCGCACAACUGGGGACGUGGCCAGACGCUCGGUAGCAGCUGA